AUGAGUGAUAAUUCCGUUUUGAGCCUUCGACCUCUUAGUGACAUAGAUGAAGAAUGUAGCUCAAUAUGGAAUGAUUGGUAUGAUAAUAUUGUUAUCAAACAAAAGCCAAAAAUAGCUAAACCGAAGAAAACAGUUUCGAAUUUUUCUGAAAAUUCACAAUCUAAUUCAAAACACAACAGAAAUGUACAAAUUAUAGCAGAUUCUAUUUACAAUUUUGAUGAAAAAACAGUAAGAGAAGCACAGAAACAAGCGGCAAAAUUGAAACAAGAAAAAGUCAACAAUAUCAUAUCAUUAUCAAAGCAAAUCAGAGAAAUACAACAAGAAAACAAUGAGCUUGAACAGCAAUUAGCCCAAUUAAAAGAAAAAUAUAACAAAUCAAAAGAAAAUAUACCAAAUUUGCGACAAGAAAUCAAAAAGAGCUAUAUUACAUACGAAUUAAUAAGAGAAAAGCGUGAAAUUGAAAGAAAGAAACAAGUAUUUAAAGCUCUUAAUAAAAAAAUAACACUUUUCAUAAUAGAAAAACAAGAAUAUCAACAACUAAGCAAAUACAUAUCUUCGCGAAAACCCAAUUGA